AUGAAAACGUUCGAGGAUGUGUGCGGCAGGGACACUUUAGCAAUUUUUCCACCUGGUCAUUUCUUCCAGCCUGACAAAGGUUUUGUAAGAUAUUAUCAGCCGGCAUGGGUUGACUACCGUCUGGCCACGCAUGAACAAGACCUGAAGCUUAUCCACGACACUUUGGUCAAUGCGGUGAUCAAGCGCCUUAUGUCAGAUGCACCUCUGGGGAUCCUACUUUCUGGUGGACUUGACUCGAGUCUUGUCAGGUUCGUGAACAACGAGGAGUAUUUUGAGUCAGGCUCUCCAGACUUCAUCAAUUUCAGUUCAAUUGCGGCACGUGAAAUGAAGCGACGCGGUCUGGUAGUUCACUCUUUUUCCAUUGGGGUCGAUCAUCUGUCUCCUGAUAUCAUCGCUGCCCGAAAAGUGGCUAAGCACAUUGGAACCCAUCACCAUGAAUUUCACUUCAGCGUUCAGGAAGGUCUUAAAGAACCUCCGUAA